CACGAUUGCCAUACGGGCUGACCACGCGACAGUGUGGCAAAGGCCAGUCACCUGGCGUGUUCGCGUGUCGUCGGGCCGGCUGACCGACCUUCGCGUUGCCGUCGCGUUCCCCGCGGUGAUCGAUAUCGAGAAGAUAUAGUGUCUCUACACCAUGCUGAGAUUUGGUCAACGCGCAUGUACUCGCUUCAAAUUUCCCUCUCACAUCUCCCGAAUUUCGCGCUUCCAGAGUACGAAAAUGAAUGCCAGCGAGCCUUUCGAGGAGGAGCGUCUUCCGUGGUAUAGCCAUGAUCAGUUUUAUCCAGCACGACCUGGUGAGAUUCUCGAUUCUAGCUUUAAGGUUAUAGGAAAACUCGGAUACGGUGCAUACUCCACGGUAUGGCUGUGUCGGGAUAUCCGAGAACGAGACGCUGGCUUCGUCGCUGGCUUCGUCGCUGUCAAGAUUUGUACCCGAGAUGCCGAAAAGACACCACAGCUCAAUCGAGAGCUAGAUUUUUACGAGCAUGUCAGUUCUAUGCAAUCACAGCAUCGCGGCCAAGCAUACAUCCGCGGACUGUAUGGCGAAUUUGAGCUCGACGGUCCGACUGGCAAACAUUUGUGCUUUGUUCAUCCACCCAUGCACAUGACUAUUCGACAGCUCCAGUAUUACAACCCAGCACACAAGCUCGACGUUCCGCUUCUGAAGUGCACGCUAGCCAAUGUGCUAAAGGCGCUGUCGUUCUUACACGACGAGGCUAAGGUCGUACAUACAGACAUUAAUCCUGAAAAUAUCAUGCUGACUGUGGAUGAUGACACUAUUCUGGAAAACUUCGAGAAAGCUGAAGCAGAGAACCCGUCACCAUCCAAAGUGAUUGACGACACACGCACCAUUUACAGUUCCCGUGAGCUUCCCCAUCCUACGGGUGAUCUUUGGGGCCAACCAGUUCUCUGUGACUUUGGAGAAGCGCGGAUAGGAGAUUCCCACUCCGGCUUAAUUCAGCCUGAGCUAUACCGUGCACCAGAGAUAGUUUUCGAGAUGGAGUGGGGCUCUAAGGUGGACAUUUGGAGUGUCGCCACGUUGGUGUGGGACUUGUUUGAAGAUGAGCAUCUAUUCGACGCCCGUGACAACGAGGGCAACCCAUCAGAGACACAUCAUGUUUCCGAAAUGGUUGCAUACCUUGGAAUGCCUCCGCUUGAAUACACGCAAAGCAACCAUAUGACAAAGAAGGUCUUCGACAAGCAAGGACACUGGACGGGUGGCUCCAAGAGUGUAACUAUUCCUAAGAUCUCACUCGAGGAAAGAGUCUCGGUGCUUGAAGGGGAGGAAAAGGAAUUGUUUCUCGAUUUCAUACGCUCGAUGCUCAGAUGGCGGCCGGAAGACAGGAAAUCGGCGACUGAACUCCUGAAGCACCCAUGGAUGGCCGACACUAUGUAGUUGCGACGACGAUCAAGCAACCAUUGCACUGCAAAGUCAUUCUCGCGGAGUCUUUGUAUCAGUUACAUGUUUAGGAUUGAUUUACAAAAACAUAUGCUUCUUCACUUCACUUCCGGGCAUUUCAUGUCAUCAUCGCCGACCUAGCAGUUGUUCUGGCCGACUUUAGCAUCCGCACAUGAUAUUGACGGCUUGGACCUCACUCGUUUUGCUCCCGACUGUCGGCCAAUUCAAUCUGCGCGAAAACUCCUUUUGUCGUUAAGUAGUACGUGUCCGGAGCUUAGAUAUCGUCGUCCUUGAGCAAUAGCAUGAGUGGGGGCAGCGCCAUUGACAAGAACACCUCCGCGCCACAAGUCAAAGAGCUCGAACAUAUGAAACACUGAGGUACCGCGUUAGGGUAAUUUACACCGGCACCAGGUAAUAUACACUAGAGAAUUAGGCAAAUUUACCUAUUUA